AUGAGCAACAUAGGAGUGGAAGCACGGCUGCCACCGCGGCCAUACAGCCUUAUCGAGGAGAUGAAGUCUGCAGGCGGAGGAGUGAUCUCGUUAAAAGAACGUUUAGCCGCGUUGAAUAAGAGCGCCGAAAAUUGGCAAACACGAGUGAGGAAGGACGAGAUGUUGCUGAAACGAAGCUCAUCUGCUGUCAGCACUCGCGUGUCUCCUCGUGCAAAACUUGGCAAAGAAAAUGAAGCUGAGUCGGUUCGACCAACCAUCGUACCUGCACCUAUGUCCAAGCAAAGUCUCAUGCUUAGCCUUGAUAAAGGUUUGGAUUCGUUUUUCCCACGUUCUACGGUGUUGCACGAGUCUGUUUCUAAGGAUGGAGAGCUCGAUUUAAAUUCAAUCGAGCAAACCCAUAUUUUGGACACGCCGAAGCGACCACGUCUGAAAAAACCUGGCCAGCGACGGCGUGUGGUGACCGACCGAUUAGCAACGCUUGAUACCGGAAGCGUGAAAAUUGAAGAGGACCCACGUGACUCCUUAAUAACUCCAGCGAUAAUCGAUGAAGGUGGUCCUAUUGCCACAAGUGCACGGCAAGGUUUACAGGCUGUAGAAGACUAUACAUCCGUGAAAAGUGCACUAAAACAUGCGGACACCAAAUCACCUUAUCCCCCAGUGAUGCUUAUACGUGUUGCUGGAGAAAAACGGGUGGAUGUGAGAUUAGUGGCCCCACUAGCGUCAUCUAUCCACCAAAAUGCUGUCUUUAUACUUGUCACGCCGACACGGUUAUUUAAGUAUGAAGGAGAACACAGCAAUAUUUUGGAAAAGACUAAGGCGACUCAAAUCUGCAUUCAUAUCACCACAAAAGCGGAUCUAUUUUGUUCAGCAACCAAAGCAGAGGAAGUCUCAGGUUCACCAGCUGCAUUUUUAUCGCUGCUCGGCGAAGGAGAAGUGGACUUCUCCACAGAGCGGAAUGUUGCUGAACCGUUCGAGAAUGUCGUGGCUAGGACGAACCUAGUGCUGCGAGUUACGGACGACUAUAAACUGCAGUCAGUCGCGAAAGGAGAGCAUCCACGAUUUGCAUUCCUGCAGGCGAAUGAGACUCUUAUAUUCGACUUCGGCUCGGAAAUCUAUGUUUGGAGUGGUCGUAACGCUCGUAAAACGACUGGCCGCUAUGCUGUUGAGUACGCGCAGCAGUUGAGAACCAAACGGGUCACUUCGGAUUUGUCGCUGUUCGGAACUGAGCUGGGAGAGGGUCGUGCUCCUUGGGUGCUGUAUCUUCGGGUCUUCCAGGGCGUGCAGAACUGCCUGUUUGCUGCCAAAUUUUCUGACUGGCAAACAAGUGAGACGAAGUUCUAUAUCACGCCGAGGUCUUAUCAGAAAGAGGUUCCUCUCCUGUGCGCUGACGAAAAACUGGAAGCUCGACUCUUGGCUGAUAUUAUCCGAGGCUUAUCUCAUCCGGAACCCUCUGAAAUGCUAGAGGAUCAGGAACUGACGAGAGAAAUGAAGAACGUUGUGACAGAGAAUCUGACUUUUUGGCAAUUGAUCGGUGAAGAGUUGGAGCAAAUUGAGCGUACCAAUGUGUUUGUGGAUGAUUGCUGCUAUGUGAUUCGAUGGCAGUAUCGGAUCCAGAUCUCGGGAGUUCGUCGACUUCGUUCUGGCCAACUCUCCGAGAAGGAGACUGGUCGAGAACGAGUUGCUUUCUUUUAUUGGCUGGGAGCCAAGACUUCGGCAAAGCAGCAAGGACUCUGCGCAGUGCGAUUAUCGCACAUGGACAAGGAAAAACAUCAGCACGUCCGAGUUGUGCACCUCUCUGAGCAGCCAUUAUUCUUAUCUUUAUUCGGUGGAACGUUUAUUAGCCGACAUUCCGCACCGACAUCAACUUGUCGCACCUUUGUCGUUGGCGGUUGUUCUACAGCAGAAUGUUACGCUAAUGAAGUGGAUCCGACAAAACCUCUUCGAUCUCACGCUGUUUAUUUGCGGCUCAGCCCUGACAAAAUCACUGUGGUUGCUGGAUCCGAUACAGUGUCAACGUCGGUGAAAAAUGGGUUGAUACUAGCUGAAGCGAUACUGAAGUCACGGAAGAAGUUCAAUUUGAAGGAGUCGGUUCGCACUGGACAUCAAGUCCAAGGCGAUGAUACGAAGCUGUCGUGGAUUCGAGCGGUAGCCAGGACGAAAACGCCCCGACUCUACCGUAUCUACGAACUUGAAGCGACAGAAGUGCUAAGUCCACAGUACCACGAGCAUUGUCCGUUCCCCGCCAUCCAAACGGCGCUCGUAGAUACAAUUCUCGUAGACGUAGGCAAUCGGCUGUGGGUUUGGAACGAGCGUACACCAACAACGUUUGCUCUUCGUGUGGCCGAAUUGUUUUGGAAGGACAGGGUGGGGGAAGUCACAGUAGUCGGCAAAGGUAAAGAACCGGAUGAAUUUGUCGCAUUGUUUGCUGAGUGGAACGAUUGGCCGGAGGGAUAUGAUCCACAGUCGCCGCCUAGACCGCUAAAGGAUCUGUUAGCAGAACGAACACAAACGUUUAACGUAGAAAUGCUACGUUCACGGAAAUCGUUGCCAGAAGGAAUAGACACAAAAAAUCUACUACAGUAUCUCACUCCGGCCGAUUUUCGCCGUGUAUUUGCCAUGUCUGAAGAAGAGUUCGCCAAACUCCCCGCGUGGAAACAGAUUCGCUUGAAAAAAGAGGCUGGGUUGUUCUAA